UCAAAUCUCUGGUCUUUUCCAUUGCGCCUUUGUUUAUCGCCGAGUUCUUAAAUUCAACUAGAGUCCCUAACCUCACACAAGAUGGGUAGGGAGGACAAGGCAACCUGGAAGUCUAACUACUUCACCAAACUUAUUCAACUGUUGGAAGAAUACCCGAAGUGUUUCAUUGUGGGCGCCGACAAUGUCGGCUCGAAACAGAUGCAACAGAUCCGUAUCUCCCUUAGGGGUGCUGCGGUGGUACUCAUGGGAAAGAACACCAUGAUGCGCAAAGCGAUCAAGGGUCACCUUGAGUCCAACCCCGCUUUGGAAAAACUAUUGCCUCACAUCAAGGGUAAUGUCGGUUUCGUUUUCACUCGUGGAGACCUCGUAGAAGUCAGGGACAAGUUGCUGGAAAACAAAGUCAGGGCUCCCGCUCGUGCCGGCGCUAUUGCUCCAUUAUCUGUUAUCAUUCCUGCCCAGAACACCGGAUUGCCACCAGAAAAGACCUCUUUCUUCCAAGCUCUUAGUAUCCCAACUAAGAUUUCAAAAGGUACAAUUGAAAUCGUGAAUGAUGUCAACAUUCUUAAGCCAGGGGACAAAGUUGGUGCCUCUGAAGCUACUCUUCUUAACAUGCUGAACAUUUCUCCAUUUUCUUAUGGUUUGGUUGUUGAACAGGUCUAUGACUCCGGCACCAUUUUUGCACCAGCAAUUUUGGACAUCAAACCCGAAGACUUGAGGGAGAGGUUCUUGGCUGGCGUAGCCAACUUGGCCUCCGUCUGUCUGUCCAUUGGAUACCCGACUGUCGCGUCUGCUCCCCAUAGCAUUGCCAACGGUUUCAAGAACUUGUUGGCCAUCGCUGCCGUUACCGACGUUGAAUUCAAGGAAGCCACCACCAUCAAGGAGUUCAUUAAGGAUCCGACCAAGUUCGCCGCUGUUGCCGCCCCAGCUGCGGCUGCACCCGCCGCCGCCGCCCCUGCAGCCAAGAAGGAGGAGAAGAAAGAGGAAUCAGAGUCCGAAGAUGAUGACAUGGGUUUCUCCUUGUUCGAUUAAGUUUUUUCGAUUUAUUUUUUGACGUUUUUCGGACUGUUGCAGUUGUAUUCAGCCUGACUGUCAAUAAACAAUGAAAAUUU